AUGUUUGACACAGUCUGUACGCUUCCACUGUCCUCGGACCUGUUUACGCAGGCUAUCCACCCCAAGGAACCUGUUGUUUCCGUCGGUCUGGCUGCAGGCCAUGUUCAAACGUUCCGUUUGCCGUCAGAAGAGAGCGACAGUGACGAUGAUGCCUCGACUUCGUCCUCACGCAAUGGCAAGGGCCACAUUGACACCAUGUGGAGGACACGGCGGCACAAGGGCAGCUGUCGCUGCUUGGUGUUUAGCGUUGACGGAGAGAUGCUGUACUCCGCUGGAACGGACGGUCUGGUGAAGAUGGCCAAGUCAGAGAGUGGACAGGUGGAGAACAAGAUUGCAAUCCCUCUCGAAAAGAAUGGCUCAAUUGAUGCGCCCACCGUCAUUCACGCCCUCUCCCCUCAGACCCUUUUGCUUGCGACCGACUCAAGCGCUUUGCAUCUCUACGAUCUCCGUAUUCCUUACUCUAAGGUGUCUGCGCGACCUGAGCAGUCGCACCACCCCCACGAUGACUACAUCUCCUCUCUUACUCCUCUUCCUCCCUCCGACACCAGCACCUCCGGCUUCAGCAAACAAUGGGUCACGACCGGCGGCACUACUCUAGCAGUGACCGAUCUGCGCCGGGGCGUCCUAGUCCGCAGCGAAGAUCAAGAGGAGGAAUUGGUCAGUUCUGCCUUCAUCGGCGGACUCGCCAACAGCGGCACUAGCCGCGGUGAAAAGGUAGCUGUGGGUGGAUCUAAUGGCGUUCUUACGCUCUGGGAGAAAGGCGUGUGGGAUGAUCAAGACGAGCGGAUCUACGUCCACGGCGGCACCGGUGGUGCAGAAACAAUUGAGACUCUGGUCACGGUGCCAGAUGAGUUGGGCCGGGGCAAGAUGUUGGCGACCGGUCUCGGCAAUGGAUUGAUCAAAUUCAUUCGCAUCGGUCCCAACAAGGUGUCGUCCGAGGUUGUCCACGACGAGACCGAGGGUGUGGUUGGCCUUGGCUUCGACGUCGAGGGCCGCAUGGUCUCGGGUGGUGGUCAGAUCGUCAAGGUCUGGCAUGAAACUGUGAAUGGUUCGGGAGAUAUCCUGGCUGGGGAGAAGCAUAUGAUGGGUGACAGCGACGACAGUGAUGAUGCCUCUGAGGACAGCGAUGCAGAGGAGCGACGCAAUGCGAAUGCCAACGAACGCAAGAAGCGCAAGAAGGGCAAGUCGGGCCGUGGUACUGGACCUGAUGUCCUGGCUUUUGACAUGGACUGA